AUGGGGGAGGAGCAAGGCUGGGCACGGGUGGCGGGGAGGGGGGUCAGCCGUCUGCCUGUAGGGAAGUUCUUGAAACGCGGCGACGGCCUACGUGUUAGGUUAAAUUGGGGUGAGGGAUGGGCGCGUAUAAGGGGAAAUGCCCGCGGCGUCAACGGCCCGUCAUGGACGGAUGGGCAACCUAAUCUCUCAAGGACCCCCGGCCGUGCACCGGCGUCACUUCGCGGCUGUGCUGACGGGGCACGGCGUCAGCCCCCUUCCCGAGCCCAUCUGGGUGUAGUGUGGAGGGGACAUUCGGCAUGGAGCGAUGUUACGGCGGGAGGAGCCGUCUACGAGCCUCACGGGUCAGGAAACGGGUUGACUGAAGCGAAACGGAAACAACGGGGCCACGCUAUGCCAUACAAACAAUGCCAUACAUGGGCUUCGAGCAAGAGAUGCACACACCUGUCCCUAUAUCUCGGUCACAUCUCCUCCCCACAAAGCCGGGAUCCUACCGUUCGCAUGGCGCAAAGUCAUGUGGCCCGGCGCUUAGGCUGCCUUGACGCAGCAACUCAGGCACCAUGA